AUGACGAACCCCACGACCGAUAUAGCCAUCGUGAACAACACGGGCUCGACCGAGGCCUACGUGUACAUCAACGGUCUCGACAUCAACAACAACAACACGCCCUUGUUCAUCCAGUCCGAUGGUAAGACCGUGUACCGACCCGCCAACCCGUCGGCGACGCAGACGGCCCUGACCGAGGACAUUGCCAUCCCGCUCGGUGCGGCUGGUGCCACCACCACGGUCACGAUCCCGCAGAUCGCGGGCGGCCGCAUCUGGUUCAGCACCGGCAGCACCAAGCUAACCUUCCUCGUGAACCCCGGCCCGGCCAUCGUCGAGCCCAGCGUGACCAACACGGCCGACCCCAACUACAACAUCGACUGGGGCUUCGCCGAGUUCACGUACAACACCGAGCAGCUGUUCGUCAACAUCAGCUACGUCGACUUCGUGCCGCCGAUCCCCGUCGCGCUGCAGCUCGUCAACACGUCCGGCGCGACCCAGACGGUGCAGGGCAUGCCGGCCAACGGCCUCGCGACCGUCGUCGACCAGCUGACGCAGCAGAACGCGAGCGACGGCGCGGGCUGGGACCAGCUGAUCGUCAAGGCGAGCGACGGCCACGUGCUGCGCGCGCUGAGCCCGAACAGCGCGCGGGUGGCGAACAGCUCGCUGUUCAACGGCUACUUCGACUCGUACAUCGACCAGGUGUGGACCAAGUACACGUCGACGGACCUGACGGUCGACACGCAGGCGUCGUGGGGCACGGUGACGGGGCGCGUGCAGAACGACGCCAUCACCUUCGCCAACGUGGGCUCGUUCGCGCGGCCGUCGGCCGGCGACAUCUUCUCGUGCUCGACGGGGCCCUUCGCCAACUACCCGUCCGCGACGGCGGACGAGAUGGGCGCGCUCGGCGCCCGCAUCGCCGCCGCGUUCAACCGCUCGACGCUGCUGAGCGACGCGCAGCAGCCCGACGGCGAGGUGGUGUCGAAUUACUACGCGACGAGCCCGACGAACCACUACGCGCGCAUCGUGCACGCGACCAAUAUCGAUAACCGCGGCUACGCGUUCCCCUACGACGACGUCGUGCCCUCGGGUUCCACGCAGCCGGACCCCGCGGGGACUGUGUUCGAUGGUAGUCCCAAGCUGUUGACUGUUACGCUGGGCGGGCCCGCGAGUAAUGCGCCUGCGAACCCCGGGAACGGCGGCGUGGUUAAGGAUCCUGCUACUGGAGGCGGUGGGAGUGAUGGGUCGACGCCGACGACGGGAUUCUGGGAUAAGGUCAAGAGCUGGUUCGGCUCGUUGAAGAAGUUUUUGCAUAUCGGGACUUCGACUUCGACUUUGAAGGCGAAGGCAAAGUCUAAGUAA